CCACAGGUUGGUUCAGGGUUGAUGUCACCAAAUGAUUCUGUAGACAGCAAUAUGGGUGCAUAUGGGUCUGGAAGUCCUUCAUUAUCACGCGUUGAUGACUGGUCAAUCCCAUCCAGAAUUGCACUUGCAUCAAUUGGUUCUCAGGGGACAGUGGGAGGUUUAGUGAUAGCAGGAUUCAUGCUGAAGACUGUUGGCUGGCGUGUGAUUGUGGUAACUGGUGCUGUCUAUGGAUGUCUUUACAUGUAUGAACGUAUGACCUGGACCAACAAAGCCAAAGAACGUUCAUUCAAACGGCAGUACGUGGAUCAUGCUACCCGGAAACUGCGGCUCAUUGUCGAUUUGACAUCUGCAAACUGCAGUCAUCAAGUUCAACAAGAACUAUCGAGCACCUUUGCUCGUCUUUGUCACUUGGUGGAUGAAAAUGGCAGGGAAAUGGAUGUAGAGCUGAAAAAAUUGGAUGCUGAAAUUUUGACAUUGGAAGAAGCUGCUAGUUCAGCCAAAGUGCUGCGCAACAAAGCAAAUUAUGUUACAAAGGAAUUAGAAAUGUUUGAUGACGUGUACCUUCAAACUGAUAACUGAAUUGUUGUUGUUUUUUGUUAAAUAGUAUUUUGAAACUGUUCUAAUCUAUAAUUAUGUAGUACAAUAGUCUAGAGUUAUAUAAGAUGAUUUGAAAGCAUUAACUUUUCUUAGCACAUCACUCCAUUAUCAUUGCCCACAACCUUGUAGUUUUCCUUUUCUUUUCCCCCUCCUUUUGAUUUGUUAUCCAGCUUUACAAUUAAAAGUUUUAACUUCUUCUGGAUGUUGAUGUUGCUCGUUAGUCCCUAUUCUUGUUUGGUUGAUGUUACCAAUUAUGCUCUUUAAUUUUUAGAACUGUUUUAGUGAUAGAAGUUAGAGUUUUCUGUGAUGCUUAAGGGUUAAAUUCGACUUCAAGAUUUGAGAAUACUGAGCUGUUCUGUUAAUAAUUUUUUUCUUUUGUUUUUUUCCUUGUUUUGUUCUUUAAGAAUACAACUUGGAUUGAGUUUAGAUUGUGAUCAACACUCAGCUUUCAUCAAUUAGUCUUGUUGAGUCCCCUGUGUUUAUAAGUCUAGCUAAUGCCAACUGCAUCCCAACUCAAUCACGUUUGCCUAAUUUAAUUUUUUAUUCCAUCAUUGACUGAGGAGAUUUUGUGCUAAAGUGUGUCUUCUUUCUUGUGCUAUGAGAGGGAUUCAAAUCAUCCUGGAGUUUUCAUUGCUUCAAUUAUAGUUGGGUUGAAUUGAAAGUCACCAUUGUUCAUCAUGUUCGCCCUUUAUUUCGUAAAAUGUAUGUAAUUAUUAUUAAACCUUUUCUGUGACAAA